AUGCGGUCACGAAGCCGAAGCCACAGCAGGCACCGAUACCGGCGGCAUCGGAGCUCGAGGGACCGCUCGCACAGUCGGAGCGUGAGGUCUUCUCGCUACGACCGGGAUUCCAGACAUGACUACAGGGGUCGCGAUAGGUCGCGGCAUGGGUAUUCAGACCGGCCGUAUGAGCGGGGUAGAUACGACGAUGGGCCGCGGAGGAAGAACUUCCGCUACGACUCCCCGCCGAAGGGCGCCCCCCGAAUGAAGAGAUACGACGCCCCCGCUGCGCUGUCAACCGGUGCUUUUGGCCAGGGAGUUGGCUCCAUUGCUGUGGAUCCCCUCGCCACGAAGCCGUACAGGGAAAUCUACAUCGGUAACAUACCUCCCAAUGCAGAUGUGAACAACCUGUUGGAGUUCCUCAACGAGGCUUUGACGGCAGUGAAUGGUACCAGCAUACCGGGAAACGCGUGCCAAAAGGGCUGGAUCAGUGCCGACAGCCAUUACGCCUUCGUCGAAAUGCGCACCAUGGAGGAGGCUAGUAACUGUAUUCAACUCAGCGGCAUCAACUAUCUCAACUACUCGAUCAGGAUCAACAGGCCGAAGACUUACAACGCAGAUGUGCUGACGCAGGCUCCUUCGCCUACAAUUCCGACUUUGGACCCGUCGCUGCUUGCCCUCGGAAUCGAGGGGCUCAAGUGUGCGUCUGAACAAAUCGCAGCUGCUGCAGACAUGUUGGCGACUGAACGCGCCAAGACGAUGACCGACAGACUUUGCGUCGAGAACGUCACCGACGAACCUGCGCUAAAAAGUGACAUUGAGGCCAUGGGGAAACUUAAGUUCUACCAAUACGUCACGGAGGAAAAUAAACAGCCGCUCUGCCUGUUCGAGUACGAGAACAUAGAGCUUCAAAAGAUCGCUCUGGAGGGGUUGAAGGAACGCGGCAUCGAGGUUGUGAUGGCAGUCGACGCUCUGGAGCGAGGUGCCCUCAGUGAGGAGUUCAUCCGCUCACAAAUAUCGCAAUGCGAUAUUAUGAAGGCGCAAAUACCCACAAGGGUGCUGCUCCUCGCCAAUCUGGUUUCUAAAGAGGAACUGGAGGACGAUGAAGAGUACUACGACAUCAUCGAUGACGUUCGGUGCGAGUGCGAGGAGUACGGGAGGGUCGUCCGCGUGGAGCUACCAAGGGUGCCGAAGGGGUACACCCUGGACGAAAUCCGCUCCAUGGACUUUUCGGCAGUGGGUUGCGCGUUCGUGCUGUUCGCAGACGUCGAUGGUGCCUCCAAGGCGCGCAAGGUUUUGGACGGCAGAAAGUUCGGGCACCGCAUCGUGGAGUGCCACUUCUUCAGCGAGCUGCUCUUCCAAGUCGGCGAAUUCUCCAACCCGAAACCAAACUUCUCCAAGGAGCACUCGUCCAUAUACAACCCAAUCAUCGCAGAGGACCCGAAUCAGGCGGGCGACAUUUUGAACGAGCUGCGCAAGGAGGGCAAGGCCUGA